AGAAGAAACCCUCAAGCAUCCCCCGAGGUCCCCCUUUGCUUGACACAUCUUUUAACCACAAGGGAGCAGUCUUUCCUUUGAUGAGGUCUUCCCUCCACCUCCACAGAAAUGGAAGAACCAGGGCAAGUUUGCAAACAGUCUGAAAAGCUCUUUCCAUUAGCCCUGGACGCCGGAAACCGCAAAGGGCAGUCAAGUUUUGAUUUUCAAGGAGAAAGCUUCUGGUAGACUUUCGCUCAGCCGCCACCUCUGUGGGUUCCUGGGAGGGGCUUUUUUUUGAAAGCGGGAAGAUUCCUACGCUCUUGAAGACCCAGAGCGGGUGGAUUACAGCAAUUGAAAAGCUUGGGUGAUUUUUGGAAGAUUACUCUGUUUGGUCUACGCUCCCAUUCCCAGGCGAAGGGACCGAGCAGAAGCAUCCCUUUUGUUAUCUGUUGAAAUAAAAGAAGAUCAGAGGGGAAGACAGGGUUUGAAGUGUGCGUUAGGGGGGUCCUAAAUCUUUGCCUGUCCCCUCCGUCUGGAUCUUUAUAAAUGAUCGAGGAGUGCGAUGAAUUUAGGAAAGCUUCCUGUCCUGGAACCAGAAACUUCUUUAGAGGCAGAUCGGCCGUGCCGGGCUGUCUGAAUGGACCAGCAUCUUCGCCUCGAAGAUUUAUUUGAGUCUCAGCUUGUCAGCGAUUAGUCCCUCGGGAGAUCUGUUGGCUUUUCGGCGAGGGAUGGAGAAGCGUAAGCCGGCCGGACUGCCGCCCUUGCCCUACCACCUCCGCACCGUGCCCUUGGACCUGCCGGGGACCCCGCCCCGCCUCCCUCUCAGGGACCCCCCCAGGGUCUCCCGUCCCGACGCCGCGUGCUGGGCGCGGGGGCCCGGGGGCUGCGCGGCGAGGCCGCCGUGCCGGCCGCUGCCGCUGGAGUGCGCCUUCGAGCCCGCCUUCCUCCGGCGGCGCAACGAGCGCGAGCGGCAGCGGGUGCGCUGCGUCAACGAGGGCUACGCGCGCCUGCGAGCCCACCUGCCCCGCGAGCUGGCGGAGCGGCGGCUCAGCAAGGUCGAGACGCUCCGCGCCGCCAUCGGCUACAUCAGGCACCUCCAGGAGCUGCUGGAGCGCCACGCGCGGGGGCCGGAGGGUCCCGCCGGCGCCCGCGCCCCGCGCCCGGCCGAGUGCAACAGCGACGGCGAGUCCAAGGCCUCGUCGGCGCCUUCGCCCUGCAGCGAGCCCGAGGAGGCGGGCAGCUAGCGAGCGCCGGACGCCCGGCCCGGUCCCCCCGCGCGCCCCCCGCGGCCCGGGAGUCUGGCCGAAGAGUCUCGCCCGGGAUGGUUUGCAUUUCUAAUGCGGUUUUUCCCUCCACGACUAAAUCUUAGGAACGAGAAAUGCGUGUUUUGCGGAGGAAAAGUGUAUUUUGACAUUCUGGUUGCCCCCCCCCCCCUUACGGGUCAUGCGCUUGCAAGCUUAAAGGUGCUCAUGACGGAAACUUUUCCACGGUACUUCUCAAAGGCACACGGAGCCGGAUUCUGAGCACCGGAUUCUAAAAACGAGUAUUCUAAAAACUCAGAGGGCGGCGACAAUGGGAAAUAUGUCCCACAGCCUGCGGGGUGGGGUACGUUAGGUACACGAAUAUCGAAUCAAAUUCAACCCAACCAAAGAACUUUCCAAAUAAAUAAAUAAAUAAAUAAAUCACAGCCCUUUGGGCAAGAGGAACGUUUUCCUGCAUGCUUUCCUUUGGGAAUUGUAUUUGAAAUUUAACUGACACCGUCCGUUUGGGUGAAGGUGACUCUAAGUUGACGCUUGAGCCAACACGCACUUGCGUGCACGGUGGUGCUGGAGAAGACCGGGGCCAUCGUUUGAUACUACCAGCUUUAUCUUAUCCAGAAGUGGCCAUCUGGAAACUUCAUUAACAUUCAGGAAGGAACAUGUUACUGUACAUGAUCUCAUUGAAAGAGAACUCAGAUUUGUUUGAAAACUU